AUGUCUCCUUCCAGGGCGCCGCUCGUGGAUAAUGCCCAGGUCAAGUCUGCCUCGCUCCACAACCCGCUGCCUCUGGCAUUGCACACAUAUGUCUGGCCCUUCCUGAUUGUCUGGCCCGUCUUUUUCGCCUUUUACCUGUCCGAAGAACGCUACGAAAAACACUUCAACGGUCAAGAAUGGACCUUUGUCUGGUCUGGCAGCAUCGUCACCAUUCAGUCCCUCUUUUGGCUCUCCACUNUUUGGAACAUCAAUGUCCGCUCCNUCUUCACCACCACGCGCGCUUCCGAUGUGCGUAGCGCCGGUCUGAUCAAGGUUCUUCCUGCCGAAAAUGCUGGCUCUGCCGACAUCUGCUCCAUCGAGCGCGAAAAUGUCGACGGCAAGACCAACAUCUCCUUUCUAUUCCAAAAGCGUCGUUUCCUGUACUCGCAGGAGAAUGGCACCUUUGCCCCCUCUCCUACCCCCCUAGACCAAGAAGUCAAGCCUGCCAUUGGUGAAUUCCAAAAGUCCAAGGGUCUUACCACCGCAAAAGAAGUCGCCCGUCUCCAGCAAUACUAUGGCCCCAAUACCUUCGACAUUCCCGUCCCCUCCUUUACAGAGCUAUUCAAGGAACACGCCGUCGCGCCCUUCUUCGUCUUCCAAAUCUUCUGUGUCGGUCUCUGGAUGCUCGAUGAAUACUGGUACUACUCCCUCUUCACCCUCUUCAUGCUCGUCGUCUUUGAGAGCACUGUCGUCUGGCAGAGACAGCGCACCCUGACCGAGUUCCGCGGCAUGAGCAUCAAGCCAUACGACAUUUGGGUAUACAGAGAAAAGAAGUGGAUCGAAGUUCAGAGCGAUGCUCUUCUACCUGGUGAUCUCGUCUCGGUUGGCCGUACCAAGGAGGACAGUGGUGUCGCCUGCGAUAUGCUCUUGGUUGAAGGCUCUGCAAUUGUCAACGAGGCCAUGCUUUCUGGAGAAAGUACCNCUGUUCUCAAGGAUUCCGUUCAGCUCCGCCCCUCUGACGCUCGCAUUGAACCCGAAGGUAUCGACAAGCUCGCCUUCUUGUAUGGCGGUACAAAAGUCCUCCAAGUUACUCACGGCAACACUGGCUCGGACGAUUCGGACAAGAUUCACCCCGUCGUCUCGGGCGUUCCUGCAGCUCCCGAUAAUGGAGCCAUGGCCAUCGUCGUUAGAACUGGUUUCGAGACCAGUCAAGGCAGUCUCGUCCGCACCAUGAUCUACUCUACCGAGCGCGUAUCGGCCAACAAUGUCGAAGCCUUGCUCUUCAUUCUGUUCCUCACCGUCUUUGCCAUUGCCGCUUCGUGGUAUGUCUGGACCGAGGGUGUCGCCAAGGACAGGAAGCGCUCCAAGCUCUUGCUGGACUGUGUCCUCAUCGUCACCAGCGUCGUGCCCNCCGAGCUGCCCAUGGAAUUGAGUUUGGCCGUCAACACUUCUCUUGCUGCCCUCAGCAAGUACGCCAUCUUCUGCACAGAACCUUUCCGUAUUCCCUUUGCUGGCCGUGUCGACAUUGCCUGCUUUGACAAGACUGGAACCUUGACUGGAGAAGACCUAGUCGUUGAUGGUGUCGCUGGUCUGACUCUUGGUCAAGAAGGCGCACCCGCUGAGGCCGAUGGUGCCCAGACUCAACUCGUACCUCUGAACGAUACCGGUGUUUGCACCACCUUGGUACUCGCUACAGCCCAUGCUCUCGUCAAGCUCGAGGAUGGCGACGUUGUUGGUGAGCCCAUGGAAAAGGCCACUCUCGCCUCUCUUGGCUGGACUGUCGGUCGCAACGACACCUUGACUAGCAAGACUGCUGUUGCCGCAAAGGGCACUGGCCAGUCUGCCGCCGACUUGGUUCAAAUCAAGCGUAGGUUCCAAUUCUCCUCUACACUCAAGCGUCAGAGCUCUGUCGCUACCGUAGUCACCACUCAACGCGAUUCUGGAAAGAAGACUAGAAGCACCUUUGUUGGUGUCAAGGGAGCACCCGAAACCAUCAGAAACAUGCUCGUCGACGUUCCUCCCAAGUACGAAGAGACCUUCAAGUACUUUUCGAGAAAUGGUGCCCGUGUUCUCGCUCUUGCCUACAAGUUCAUUUCCACCAACGACGAGAUUGGUCAAAACAAGAUCAACGACAUGAAGCGUGAAGAUGCCGAGUGUGACUUGCAAUUCGCCGGUUUUCUCGUCCUGCAAUGCCCUCUCAAGGACGAUGCAAUCAAGGCUGUUCGCAUGCUAAAUGAGAGCAGUCACCGUUGCAUCAUGAUUACUGGUGACAACCCUUUGACAGCCAUCCACGUUGCUAGAAAGGUCGAGAUUGUCGACCGCGAAACUCUUAUUCUUGACGCUCCCGAACACGACAACUCUGGCAAGAACCUUGUCUGGAGAAGUAUCGACGACAAGAUUAGCAUCCCGGUCAACCCGGCUGAGCCCAUCGAUCCCGAAAUCAUCAAGACCAAAGAUCUCUGUGUCACCGGAUAUGCUCUCUCGAAGUUUACUGGUCAAAAGGCUCUAAAGGAAAUCAUCCGCCACACAUGGGUUUACGCUCGUGUUUCGCCCAAGCAAAAGGAAGAAAUCCUCCUUGGACUCAGAGACGCCGGUUAUGUCACUCUAAUGGCUGGUGAUGGUACAAACGAUGUUGGUGCCCUCAAGCAAGCUCACAUUGGUGUUGCCCUUCUCAACGGAACCGAGGAUGACCUUAAGAAGAUUGCCCAAAACUUCAGAGAAACCAAGAUGAAGGACGUGUACGAAAAACAAUGUGCCAUGAUGAAGCGCUUCAACCAACCUUCUCCGCCUGUCCCUGUUCACAUUGCUCACCUCUACCCUCCCGGUCCUGGUAACCCUCAUUACGACACAGCCAUGGAGCGCGAAGCAACCAACAAGGGCACCACCAGCGACGUUCUCAAGGCCGUCACUGAAGCCAAACACAAGGCCGAGGUUGCUACCGCUACUGCCAAGGAUGGUGAGACCGCCGCACCUCUGACUGUCCAAGAGCAGCGUAGACAAAAGGCUCAAAACGCUGCAAGUGCCAUGGCCGAAAAGAUGUCAAUCUCCAUGAUGGAAGACGCUCUUACCGAUGAUGAACCUCCUACUAUCAAGCUUGGUGAUGCCUCGGUCGCUGCUCCCUUCACCAGUAAGCUAGCCAACGUUGUUGCCAUCCCCAACAUUAUCCGCCAGGGUCGUUGCACUCUUGUCGCCACCAUUCAGAUGUACAAGAUUUUGGCCCUCAACUGUCUGAUUUCUGCGUACAGUUUGAGUGUCUUGUACCUUGACGGUAUCAAGUUUGGUGAUGGUCAAGUCACGAUUAGUGGUAUGCUCAUGAGUGUCUGCUUCCUCUCCAUCUCUCGCGCCAAGGUAUNNACCGUCGAAACACUUUCCAAGGAGAGACCUCAGCCCAACAUCUUCAACCCAUACAUUAUUGGCUCCGUCCUGGGACAAUUCGCCGUCCACAUUGUUACCCUCAUCUACAUUUCCAGAUAUGUACAACGCACCGAGCCCAAGAAGUCCGAUAUUGAUCUCGAGGGUGAAUUCGAGCCCUCGCUUCUCAACUCUGCCAUCUACCUCCUCCAACUGAUUCAGCAAAUCUCCACCUUUGCCAUCAACUACCAGGGCCGUCCUUUCCGUGAGUCCAUCAAGGAGAACAAGGGCAUGUACUACGGUAUAGUCAUGGUCACUGCUGUCGCAUUCUCUUGCGCAACCGAGUUUGUUCCCGAGAUCAACGAGCAGCUAAAGCUUGUUCCUUUCACCACCGAGUUCAAGAUUACCAUGACCACUAUCAUGGUUCUCGAUUACUGUGGCUGCUGGAUCAUUGAGAAGGUCCUCAAGCAAAUGUUCAGCGAUUUCCGUCCCAAAGACAUUGCCAUUAGACGUCCUGACCAGCUCGCCAUUGAGACUCAGCGCAAGAAGGAGGAAGAGGAGAAGAUUGAACAGGAGAAGAUUGCAGCGCUCGAGAAGCAGCUUGGCAAGGCAUAG